ACGGUUUGAUAAUCUUUUGUUUCCAUUCUCUCUUUCUUUGGCCCCAAAAACAUCAUUCUUUCUCAGUCUCCAUCAGUUGCUGGUGGGUGGACUUAGAAGUUGACAUAUCUCUCUCUCUCUCUCUCUAGCGCCACCAUUUUAUGGCCUCUAUCAGCUUUUCCUGAAAUCUAGCUCCAUCUCAACAACAGAUAAGGAGAGAAUAAUAUUGAUCAUUUAUUAGGGCUAUAUUUUCCUUCCUUUCAUUUCAUUUCAUCAACUUCAUCUUCUCUUUUUCAUUACUCCUCGGGAUCUGAUCUCUCUCUCUCUGCUUUGUUUGAGGAAGGAGAGAUCUCUGCUUUGUUUGAAGAAGGAGAGAUUUUCAGUUUUCAGUUCAAUUCCCGAGGAUAACAAUUUAACUUUCCACUUUUCAUUUCUUGUCUGUUUUGUCCCCACUUGUAUCUUUUUUUGUCUCUUUCUGUUGGAUUUCACCAAAAACCUACACCUUAGUAAUAUCAAGAUCCAUCCACACUUGAAGAUCUUACAUCCUCGCCUACUAUAUAAUAAAUCAAGGCUUUAAUUGUUGUGGGGAGGAUAUGAACACAUUUUCACAUGUACCUCCGGGGUUUCGUUUUCAUCCAACUGAUGAAGAACUUGUUGAUUACUACCUGCGGAAGAAGGUUUCAUCUAAAAAGAUCGAUUUAGAUGUCAUCAAAGACGUGGAUCUCUAUAAAAUUGAACCGUGGGAUCUUCAAGAACUAUGCAAAAUAGGAAGCAAUGAACAAAGUGAUUGGUAUUUCUUUAGUCAUAAAGAUAAGAAGUAUCCAACAGGAACAAGAACAAAUAGAGCAACAAAAGCAGGAUUCUGGAAAGCAACAGGAAGAGAUAAGGCAAUAUACUCAAAACAUUUCCUAGUUGGAAUGAGAAAGACUCUUGUGUUUUACAAAGGACGCGCUCCAAAUGGACAAAAAUCUGAUUGGAUCAUGCAUGAGUAUCGCCUUGAAACUAAUGAAAAUGGAAUUGCUCAGGAAGAAGGGUGGGUUGUAUGCAGGGUAUUCAAGAAAAGAAUGACAACAGUACAAAAAAUGAAUGAGUAUGAUCAAUCACCAUCAUGUUGGUAUGAUGAUCAAGUUUCUUUCAUGCCAUCUGAUCUUGAAUCUCCAACUCCAACUCCUAAUUAUCCAUCAUCAUAUUGCAAACCAGAGAUAGAUCAAUUAAUGCAAUAUAACAAUAACAACAUUCACCACUCCCAAAAUCAUAAUAAUGCUUUUCUUCAACUUCCACACCUAAUUGAAUCCCCCAAACUCACUACUCAAUCACAACCCUCAACUUUGAGUUACAACAACAAUGCACAACACAUGCAAUAUUUUCAUCAAUACCAUCAUCAUCAUCAACACUCACUUUAUGGUGGUGGAAGCAGCACUAGCAAUGAUGAACAAGUUACAGAUUGGAGAGUUCUUGACAAAUUUGUUGCUUCUCAGCUUAGUCAAGAUCAAGAUCAUGUUUCUAAACAAACUAUUCUUCAUGUGGCUGAACAGAUUACUCUUCUUGCAAACAAAAAGCCUGAAAUGUCUGAGGAACAUGCUUCAACCAAUUCAACCUCAAGUUGUCACAAUAUGGAACUAUGGAAGUGAACAUUUACAUAUAUAUAGUUACUACUACUACUGCUACCACUUCAUGCAUGAUGCAUGAUGCAUACUAAUAUAUAGUAUUUGCAAGAAAAUAUUUGAGUAUUGUUCCUGAGUUGGUGUACAUAAUUAAUAAACUCUAUCACAUAUAUUUUAUAUCCUUAGCACUGUUGAUAUGAAUUAACUCCGGAGUGUGGAGUAUCCUAUAAUAUUAGGCAAUCCAUUAUUAGUUGCCUACAUAUAUGAAUUACUAUCACAAUAAAAUUAGUACUUCAAUGUCAACAUAUAUAGGAUUUGUUCAUUAUUACUGUUUCUUUUUUUAGAUAAGUCGUAUUGUCUUAUAAUAUAUGCUUAUUUAGCUAUAUUGUUUUCUUUUUGUAUAUGCAUUUGAUAUAUAUGUAACUCAAAUUACGCUAA